CGAAUAAGUUCGUAGUUUGAAAGAUUAACGGUCGUUGUGCCCUAAUCGAAAGUUCCAUACUUCCGUAUAUGCGUAUGUCGGUCUCGCUGUCUCUCUGGUAAAGAUUCAAACACCAUAUCUUGAUGGGGAGCACAGCUAACGGUGCCGCCGCCGAAAGGCGUACAGCCACCAGCAAUGGCCGGAGUCCCGUGGACAAAGAAGUCGACUUCGCCAACUACUUCUGCACAUACGCUUUUCUCCACCACCAAAAAGAGAUGCUCUCCGACCGAGUUCGAAUGGACGCUUACUACAACUCUGUUUUCCAGAAUAAACACCACUUCAUCGGAAAGACUGUGUUGGAUGUAGGUACAGGAAGUGGCAUUUUAGCAAUAUGGUGUGCACAAGCAGGUGCCAAGAAAGUAUAUGCUGUUGAAGCUACUAAAAUGGCUAUUCAUGCUCGGGAGCUUGUUAAAUCAAAUAAUCUUCAUGAUGUGAUUGAAGUGAUUGAGGGUUCAAUAGAAGAUAUUACACUACCCGAGAAAGUUGAUGUGAUAAUCUCUGAGUGGAUGGGGUACUUUCUUCUUCGUGAAUCCAUGUUUGAUUCUGUAAUUUGUGCACGUGAUCGUUGGCUUAAAUCAAAUGGAAUUAUGUAUCCGAGUCAUGCUCGCAUGUGGUUGGCUCCUAUUAGAUCCGGAUUAGCAGAUCAUAAAAUGAGUGAUUAUGAGGGAUCCAUGGAUGAUUGGCAUGGUUUCUUGAAAGAAACUGAAGCUUAUUAUGGUGUCAAUAUGAGUGUUUUAACAAAACCCUUUUCGGAAGAGCAAAAAAAAUAUUAUUUGGAGACAUCGGUGUGGAACUCUUUGCAUCCAAAUCAAGUUGUGGGAACUCCUGCUAUAUUAAAAGAGAUCGAUUGUUUAAAAGUGACAGUUGAAGAAAUCCUCAAAGUGGAAGCCAACAUUUCAUCGUUAGUCACUAAAGAGGACACACGGCUAUGUGGCUUUGGUGGUUGGUUUGAUGUACAUUUUAAAGGAAAUGAAGAGAAUCCAGCCGAGUCAGAUGUUGAGUUGACCACAGCUCCUAGUCAAGAUGAUGGCACUCAUUGGGGACAACAGGUUGACUUUUUCUCUUUUGUUGUAUUUUUUGUUGGGUAUCCGAGUCAUGCUCGCAUGUGGUUGGCUCCUAUUAGAUCCGGAUUAGCAGAUCAUAAAAUGAGUGAUUAUGAGGGAUCCAUGGAUGAUUGGCAUGGUUUCUUGAAAGAAACUGAAGCUUAUUAUGGUGUCAAUAUGAGUGUUUUAACAAAACCCUUUUCGGAAGAGCAAAAAAAAUAUUAUUUGGAGACAUCGGUGUGGAACUCUUUGCAUCCAAAUCAAGUUGUGGGAACUCCUGCUAUAUUAAAAGAGAUCGAUUGUUUAAAAGUGACAGUUGAAGAAAUCCUCAAAGUGGAAGCCAACAUUUCAUCGUUAGUCACUAAAGAGGACACACGGCUAUGUGGCUUUGGUGGUUGGUUUGAUGUACAUUUUAAAGGAAAUGAAGAGAAUCCAGCCGAGUCAGAUGUUGAGUUGACCACAGCUCCUAGUCAAGAUGAUGGCACUCAUUGGGGACAACAGGUUUUUCUUUUGCAUCCGCAUGCACGUGUGAAUGAAGGGGAAGAAAUUUUUGUUAAUUUCUCAAUGACACGUGCGGAAGAUAAUCACCGUUUGAUGAAAGUUGAUCUUGGGUAUUCGAUUAAACAGUCAUCAGGCAAGAUGCUGCCACGUGUUGAAAAGAAGUUUUUCAUAGAAUGAGGAAAUAUUCUUGAUUAAAAAAGAAGGAAUCUUUUUUUUUUGGCUUUUUUUGUGUAACGUUUGCUAUAGAAUAGUUGC